AUGAAGGACUGGCAUGGGGUAUUUGCCGAAAAUGUGCUUGUCCCUCCCCACCCCCGGAGGAUGCGCCAGCUGCCGAAGGAAUCGACCCCAUUCCAGUGUGUCCUUAAGUGGCUCGAAGGACCGCUCAUCAAGCAGGGGUUCCUCUAGUCUCUAUCAGAAGUCGAAUGCCAUCUGCGGGUGUCUUUCUUCGACAUCACCUACCGGCACUUCUUUGGGAGGACCUGGAAAACCACAGUGAGACCGACCAAGCAGCUCUCGAAGCACCCACCCAGGAUCACCUUCAAUGAGCCCUUGUAUUUCCACACUUCCUUAAACCACCCUAACAUCGUGGCGGUGGUAGAAGUUGUCACUGAAGGGCAGAAACGGGAUGGCACCUCCCAGUCGUUGUCUUGUGGGUUUGGAAUUCUUCGGAUCUUCAGCAACAAGCCCGAAUCUCCUACCUCAGCUUCCCAGGACAAAAGGUUGAGGUUGUAUCAUGGCACCCCCAGAGCCCUCCUGCACCCACAGCUCCAGGACCCCAUAGAACAGAACAAGCACCUGACCCUCCUGGAGAACUGCAGCCUGCAGUACACCCUGAGGCCCCACCCGGCCCUGGAGCCCGCGCUCCACCUCCUCCCCGAGAACCUCCUGGUGUCCGGCUCGCAGCCCAUCCCGGGCCUCCUGCCAGCACAUGGGGAAGCAGGUGAUGCCCUCCGAAAGCCUCGCCUUCAGAAGUCUGCCACCUGCUACUUGGACAAUUUGUUCUUCAACCUGUACCCCUCCCUGGAGAAAUUUGAAGAGGAGCUUCUGGAACAUCUCACCAGCGAUCAUUUCCGGGAGGGGAGCAGUCCCAGCGGGGGCAGUGCCCUGGAGAUCCGGGAGCGGCGACUGUGCGUGGGCGUGCACAACGGAUUGGCCUUUGUGCAGCGGCCCCAGGUAGUCGUUCUGGUGCCUGAGAUGGAUGUGGCCCUGACCCGCUCUACCAGCUUCAGCAGAAAAGUCACCUCUUCCUCCAAGAACAGCUCUGGAAGUCAAGCUCUGGUUUUAAGAAGCCGCCUGGGACUCCCCGAGAUGGUCAUUCACCCCUCAUUUGCAAUCGUCUUCCAGCUGGAGUAUGUGUUCAGUGCCCCCACUGGACUGGACAGCAACGUGCCAUCUGCCACCUCGCUGUCCAAUUUGACAUUCAUGCACAUGAUUCGCUGGGCUGUCUGGAGCCCUGGGCCAAACCCUGACUCUGGGCAGGUGACCUUGCCUCUGCAGGGUGGGACCCAGCUAGGCCCCUCACACUGUCUGGUCUACAAGGUGCCUUCAACCAGCAUGAGCUCCGAGGAGGUGAAGAAGGUGGAGUCCGGAACGGUGCGGUUCCAGUACUCGCUCGGCCUGGAAGAACAUUUGGAGACGUCUUCAGAGCAGACCACCAGUAUCAGAGCAGAAGUGCAGCAGCCCUCCAAGAAACCACCCACAUCCCCUUCAAGCCCGCCCGUGCGGUCAGUCUCGAGGCUCGCUGCCACCCAGGACUCACCCGUGGGACCAGGCCUGUCCGUGUCCCAGCUGGCAGCAUCGCCGAAGCCUGCAGCCCGGCGCCAGCCCGCCAGGCUCUCUCCUCUGCUGACCGAGGACUUGCCACCUGCUCCAGCCCAGGCGCAGGAGGUCCCCUUUGAGGGCCGGAUCUCUCACCUGGAAGCAGACCUGACUCGAACUUCAGUGGUCCUGGACUCGUGCAUUGCUGAGCAGCUUCAGGAGCUGCCCUUCACGCCCUUGCAUGCCCCCAUUGUCGUUGGGGCCCAGACCAGGAGCUCCGGAAGUGCACUCUCUCGGGCCUCAAUGGCGCUCCUGCAGUCCUCCGGCUUUCCAGAGAUUCUUGAUGCCAACAGGCAACCAGCUGAGGCUGUGAAUCCCAGCGACCCUGUGAAAUUCAUCCCUCAGAAGGAAGAGUCCGACUGUCUGCAAAGCAAUGAAAUAGUGCUGCAGUUUCUUGCCUUCAGCAGAGUAUCCCAGGAUCACAGGGGAACGCCGUGGCCAAAGACUGUGUAUUUCACCUUCCAGUUCUACCGCUUCCCUCCUGCCACCACUCCCCGGCUGCAGCUGGUCAAGCUGGACGAGGCCGAGAGGACCAGCUCGGGUUCCUUGACUCACAUCCUCAUGCCCAUUGACAAAGAAGGCUCCUUUGAUGCUGGGUCUCCUGGCUUCCAGCUCAAGUACACGGUGGACUCUGGGUUCCUGAAGCCCGGAGAGCAGCGCUGGUUCCUCCAGUACCUGGCUCUUCAGACGCUGCAGAUCGACAUCUGGGAUGGGGACGCCCUGCUCCUUGUUGGCUCCACCGCCGUCCAGAUGAAGCAUCUCCUCCGUCAAGGACGGCCGGCUGUCCAGGUCUCACAUGAGCUCGAGGUGGUGGCAACAGAAUAUGAGCAGGACGUACUGGUGGUCAGUGGAGACGCGACGCAGUUUGGCAGUGUCAAGCCCAUCGGUGUCCAUACAGUGGUGAAAGGCCGGCUACACUUGACCCUGGCCAACAUUGGUCACAUGUGUGAGAAGGAUGCAAAAUAUCCCAGCUCGUUGCCACCAUCCAGAUCUCGAGUCAUCUCCAACGAUGGGUCUAGUGGCUUCCCAGGAGGCAGCCUCCUCACGAGAGGGGCCAUGAAACGGAAGCGUGUGGUCCAGGCACAGAAGCUGGCCGACAUUGACAGUGAGCUAGCCGCCAUGCUGCUUACCCACAUGCAGUCGGUAAGCCGGAACCCCAAGGGCACUGACCUUGAGGCCGAUGCUGUGCGCAGGCGCAAGCUGGAGAGGAUGCGGUCGGUGCGCCUGCGGGAGGCUGAAGGCGAGGCCAGCGGCCGCAGGAGCAGCGUGCUGGCUCAGCAGAGUAUCCGUGCCCAACACUUGAGGGACCUGCGGGUCAUUGAGGCCUACCGCGAGCGCACAAAGGCGGAGGGCAUCGCAGAGCUGCUGAGCCUGGCCAUCACCACCCACCACACGCUCUACGCCACGCUGGGCACCGCUGAGUUCUUCGAGUUCGCCCUUAAAAACCCCCAUAACACGCAGCACACGGUGACCGUGGAGAUUGACAAUCCAGAACUCAGCCUCAUCCUGGACAGCAGGGAGUGGCGGCACUUCAAAGACUCAGCUGGUCUGGUCACACCAGUUGAGGAGGACAUGUUCCACCUGCGAGGUGGUGGCCUGGCCCCCCAGCUGUACCUGCGCCCCAAGGAGACUGCUCAUAUCCCCUUCAAGUACCAGACUUUCUCUGUUGGUCAGAUGGCAGUGACACAGGUCAGUGCUGAACUGAGGCCCAAGCAGGAUGCCGACACCAAAGCUCCCUGGGAGGCCAGCGCAGCGCCCACUAGACGUGCCAAGGUCACCUUCCGGGUGGGCAGUGGCAAGCCCCUGGCCAUGCUCUGCCUGGACGUGGAGCCCCAGCCCCACGUGGUAGACCAGGUCUUCCGCUUCUACCACCCAGAGCUCACCUUCCUGAAGAAGUCCAUCCGCCUGCCCCCAUGGCACCGCCUUCCAGGGGCCCCUGUCGGAACACCCAGUGAAGAGCUCCCUAUCCACGUCCGGUGCAGUGACCCCAACGUCAUCUGUGAGACCCAGAAUGUGGGCCCCGGGGAGCCCCGAGACGUGUUCCUGAAGGUGGCCAGUGGGCCGAGCCCAGAGAUAAAGGACUUCUUUGUCACCAUCUAUGCGGACCGUUGGCUGACGGCGCCCAUCCAGAUCUGGCAUAUCCACCUUCACUCCCUGCAGCGUGUGGAUGUCUCCUGCAUCACAGGCCAGCUCACUCGCCUGUCCCUGGUCCUUCGGGGGACACAGACAGUUAGGAAAGUGAGAGCCUUCACGUCACAUCCUCAGGAGCUCAAGACGGACCCCAAAGGGGUCUUCACGCUCCCCCCUCACGGCGUGCAGGACCUCCAUGUGGGUGUGCGGCCCCGCCGAGCUGGCAGCAGGUUCAUUCACCUCAACCUCGUCGAUGUGGACUUCCACCAGCUGGUGGCUUCCUGGCUCAUCUGCCUCUCGUGCCGCCAGCCUCUCAUUUCCAAGGCCUUUGAGAUCACGUUGGCUUCGAGUGAAGGGAAGGGGGCCAAUAAGCGGAUCACCUACACCAACCCCUACCCAUCCCGGAGGGUGUACCACCUGCACAGCACCCAUCCUGACCUGCUGCAGUUCAAGGAGGACACCUUCGAGGUCGGAGGAGGAGAAACCUACACCAUCGGUCUACGGUUUGCCCCAAGUCAGAGGCCAGGGGAGGAGGAGAUUCUGAUCUACAUCAAUGACCAUGAAGACAAAAAUGAAGAGACAUUUUGUGUGAAGGUCAUCUACCAGUAA